GCGUGUAUUAUGUAGCCUUAAGCCUCCCGAUCGAUGCUAGUCUACCACUGCAGCAGAUCACUCGCUCCCCAGCUCCAGUCACCGCAGCGACACGUGCGUAUGGCCCCGACCGCUGGAUCCGGGUUACAUAUGCCGUGUGCGUUUCCGUGUUGCCGGCCGGAGCGACGAGGACGGAGGACACGCGACGCCGCGCUGGACCAGCCAGGGGUACAGUACAGCAUCCACCUACCUACUGGCUACUACUACUACAGGGCAGCCGGGCAGGGGACACACACACCCACACAGCGCGCGGCACCAAAAUCACAAUCAGGCUAGCUUCCUCGCCUUGGGGAGCGCGCCUAGCGCCUAGCGACGUCAUCUACUAUAUCCUUCUCUGGCUAGCAUACACAUAACACAACACACAACACGUCGAGUGUUAAUUAAGAGUGGACAUGGACUCCACCAGCUUCCCUGCCACUUCGACGACAGCCGCAGCGACGGCGGCGACGACGGCCGAGCCGCCUGCUGUCGUCGUCGCAGGCCCACUCCCGCCGGCGGCGGCGUCGGCGGCGUGCCGCCACCUCCCGUUCUACCGGUUCACGGCCUCCUCGUCGUCGCCACCACCCUGGUUGUUGUUGCCUGCUUCUUCCUCUCCUUCUCCUACCGCCGCCACCGGUGCGCCGCCGGUGAGUGUGACGACGACGACGAGCCGAGCGCCCACCACUACCAUGGCAGCGCAACCAGCGCCGCCGCCGGGCGCGGGGGGAGACGUCGACGCUGCUGCUGCUGCUGCUGCGGCGGUGGUGGUUGCGGCGGAGGUGGAAGACAGGAUGGACCUGCUGUGGGAGGACUUCAACGAGGAGCUGGCGCGGGCCCGCGUCGCCGGCGCCGGGCUGCAGCAGGCGCGGCGCGAGCUGUGGUCGGAGUCGGGCUCGUCGGACGCGGAGUCGUCGUCGGAGCCCGCGGCGGCUCGCGGGUGCGCGCCGGUGCUGCGGCCCUCGUCCAGGGCCGGCGGCGCGGUCCGGCACUGCCGCCGCCGCGCCGGGACGUGGGUGAUGCUCAUGAGGAUCUUCAGGAGGCUCUUCGUCAUCGAGAAGACCACCGUCUCCGCGUCCGCCGCCAGGCGGCACCACGCCGCUGCCACCACGAGGGCGAGCUGAUGCCAGCAUGCUUGCAGCCAAUUGCCUCCAUGAUCAUGCCUGAAUGCUGCUGCGCUUAGCGUGAGCUGCAUCCUGCACUGCAUGCAUGCCUUCCUGUGCGAACGUACGCCGUACGGCCACUAGUAAAUUAUACUGCUAUGCUACUCCAUUAGACAUACAAGCAAGGGGAGGAUCAUCUGUUCUUGACGCUGUAAUUAAGUAAAUAGGGUUCAGUGGUUCAUCAUCGGCAGAUAUAGAGAAAUUAUAGCUAGCAGUGCCAUAGCAAUGCCACUCCAUUUCUUCAAUUCAUUCUCCCACUGUUAAUUACUGGCACUCCAUUUUUGUUAAUCCUGUUUUAUUUAUGAAUUCAUCAAUAGUAGAAAUGUAAAGGGAAAAAAAAGGAGAAAAGUCAAUGCACAUUCUUCUUUUUGUGCCUUUUUUUUAUUAGUCACGAGACGCUGUCUUGUGUUCAUGGUAUCAUAUUCAUAUCUGCGGAUCCGAAGAAAGAAAGAAAGGUGCACGGCUUUCUCAGGACA